GUGAGUGAGGUUUUUGCGGCUUCAAAGGGUAUUUCAAGUUUCCGGAGCUCCUCCCCUCUGCACCGUGUGACAACAACAACUCGUCCAGCCGGCAGCCUGCACUUUUCAGCUCAUUUUCUCUCUGUCAUUCCCCGCUCAAUCUUUGAUCAAUGUACUUGCCAGGGAGAACCCAAGUCCUUCAAACCUCCUCCUUUUCACCUUCAUCCUUAACUUUGUGCUAGAGCGGGACCCACACAACAACAGCCGACCCUCCCCGCCCCCACCUCCAAACCAGCCCCCGAUCCCAGCCCCCGGAGAGGACUCGCAUUUCGACUUGCGGGACACUUUUGUGCGUUUCUCUCUAGAGCGCCUCUCGCGCUCGCCCCUCCUGCGCUCGCUCUUUCUUACCCUCACCUCCUUUUUCCCCCCUUCUCUCCCUUUCUCCUUGUCGUUCUCUCUCAGAGUUGUUGUUGUGGCCCCCUAGCUCCUUCUCCCCCCCGCCCCCCUUUUUCCCCUUGCCCUACCCGGGGUGUGUGGCAACUUUUUCCCUCGCUUCUCCUUCUGUUUCCCCUUAUAUGUGACCAUGGCAGUGCCGGCGGCUUUGAUCCCUCCGACCCAGCUGGUCCCCACUCAGCCCCCGAUCUCCACGUCUGCUUCCUCCUCUGGCACCACCACCUCCACCUCCUCAGCGACCUCGUCUCCGGCUCCGUCCAUCGGGCCCCCGGCGUCCUCAGGGCCAACUCUGUUCCGGCCGGAGCCCAUCGCUUCGGCGGCGGCGGCGGCGGCGGCGGCGGCCACAGUCACCUCCACCGGCGGCGGCAGCGGAGGCGGCGGCGGCAGCGCGGGCAACGGAGGCGGCGGCGGCAGCAACUGCAACCCCAACCCCAGCCUGGCGACCGCCAGCGGCGGCGGCGGUGGCGGCGGCGGCGGCGGCGGCGGCGCCUCCAGCACCCCCAUCAACGCGAGCGCGGGCAGCAGCAGCAGCAGCAGUAGCAGCAGCAGCAGCAGCAGUAGCAGCAGCAGCAGCAGCAGCAGCAGUAGCAGCAGCUGCGGGCCCCUCCCCGGGAAACCGGUGUACUCGACCCCGUCCCCAGUGGAAAACACCCCCCAGAAUAAUGAGUGCAAAAUGGUGGAUCUGAGGGGGGCCAAAGUGGCUUCCUUCACGGUGGAGGGCUGCGAGCUGAUCUGCCUGCCCCAGGCUUUCGACCUGUUCCUGAAGCACUUGGUGGGGGGCUUACACACCGUCUACACCAAGCUGAAGCGGCUAGAGAUCACGCCCGUGGUGUGCAAUGUGGAACAGGUUCGCAUCCUGAGGGGACUGGGCGCCAUCCAGCCCGGAGUGAACCGCUGCAAACUCAUCUCCAGGAAGGACUUCGAGACCCUCUACAAUGACUGCACCAACGCAAGUUCUAGACCUGGAAGGCCUCCUAAGAGGACUCAAAGUGUCACCUCCCCAGAGAACUCUCAUAUCAUGCCACAUUCUGUCCCAGGCCUUAUGUCUCCUGGGAUAAUCCCACCAACAGGUUUGACAGCAGCAGCUGCAGCAGCUGCCGCUGCUACCAAUGCAGCGAUCGCCGAAGCAAUGAAGGUGAAAAAAAUCAAAUUAGAAGCUAUGAGCAACUAUCAUGCCAGUAGUAACCAACAUGGAGCAGAUUCUGAAAAUGGGGACAUGAAUUCAAGUGUCGGCAGCAGUGAAGGUUCUUGGGAAAAGGAAACACUGUACUCUUCCCCAUCCCGGGGAUCUCAGGCUUCUGUUACCUGCCCCCGCAUACCUAGAGCACUUAGCCUUCCAGUCAGUCAUCCUCUCCGCCAUCUUCAGCAGAGCCACCUUCUGCCAAAUGGACUGGAACUGCCUUUUAUGAUGAUGCCCCACCCUCUAAUUCCUGUCAGCCUACCUCCAGCAUCUGUCACCAUGGCAAUGAGCCAGAUGAACCAUCUCAGCACCAUUGCCAAUAUGGCGGCAGCAGCACAAGUUCAGAGUCCCCCAUCCAGAGUUGAGACAUCUGUUAUUAAGGAGCGUGUUCCCGACAGCCCCUCGCCUGCCCCCUCCCUGGAGGAGGGCCGAAGGCCUGGCAGCCACCCAUCAUCACACCGCAGCAGCAGCGUGUCCAGCUCCCCAGCCCGGACUGAGAGCUCCUCGGACAGAAUCCCUGUCCAUCAGAAUGGUUUGUCCAUGAACCAGAUGCUGAUGGGUUUAUCACCAAACGUACUCCCUGGGCCCAAAGAGGGAGAUUUGGCCGGUCAUGACAUGGGACAUGAGUCAAAAAGGAUGCAUAUUGAAAAAGAUGAGACCCCGCUUUCCACACCAACUGCAAGAGACAGCCUUGACAAACUUUCUCUAACUGGGCACGGACAACCACUACCUCCAGGAUUCCCAUCUCCUUUUCUGUUUCCUGAUGGAUUGUCUUCCAUAGAGACCCUUCUGACUAACAUACAGGGGCUCUUGAAAGUUGCCAUAGAUAAUGCCAGAGCUCAAGAAAAACAGGUUCAACUUGAAAAAACAGAACUGAAGAUGGAUUUUUUAAGGGAAAGAGAAUUAAGGGAAACACUGGAGAAGCAGUUGGCGAUGGAACAAAAGAAUAGAGCCAUAGUUCAAAAGAGGCUAAAGAAGGAGAAGAAGGCAAAGAGAAAAUUGCAGGAAGCACUUGAAUUUGAGACAAAACGGCGUGAGCAAGCCGAACAAACACUAAAACAGGCAGCUUCAGCAGAUAGUCUCAGGGUCUUAAAUGACUCUCUGACCCCAGAGAUAGAAGCUGACCGCAGUGGCGGCAGAACAGAUGCCGAAAGGACAAUACAAGAUGGAAGACUGUAUUUGAAAACUACUGUCAUGUACUGAAUCUUUCCUGUUGAAGAAGUCCAUGUUAUAGUAAAGAACUUUGCAGUCAGACAUUCGUCAUUGGAAAGUUUGGGAAAAAAAUAAAGUCCUUUUAAGGGAACUUCCUCAAUUUUGUGUAUUAAUGUUCUUUAAAAGUUUAAGUAUUCUACAAAAAAAAAAAGUUUCCUUCAUUGAUUUUCACCUGUGGUUCAUACCAGAGACCUGAGAAUGUUUGUAAAUGUACAAGUAUCAAACUUCUUACAGUUAAUAAUUGCAACUUUGCUGCUGGACACUUGUAUAUGGAGUCAAAGGCAGGUCUCAAUAAGACCUAGCUUUGUUUUUUUAAUGGAAUGAACCAUUUUCCUCUUCUGAAAAUUCUGUAUCUGAGCACAUCAAGAGACGCUUGUAGCACUGGUCACCCAGACUUACAGAAUUAUGUCCUCCAGAAACCAGCAAGAACAUUUGGAAAUGAACUUGUAGAGGACAGAGAGGAUUCCUAAAAAGUCAAUAAAUCAAAGAGUAAUAUUCUGUUACAUUCUAUUUUAAACUCUCUAAUUGUGGGUUUUCUCCUGAAGAUUUUUGUUCAUGUACUUUCCAAAAGACCAACAAAUGGAUAUUGACAACAACCCCGUGAAAUAACAUUUUGCAUACCUGAAAAGAAGCAUUGGAGAUAAGCCAAAAAGUUUCACCGAAGGUCUUUUUUCCUUAAAAAUAUAUAAACGUAACAUGUUUUCAUUCCAAACUGGUAGUGGUAUAUAGAAUUUAAAAUGAUCAUUAUGUUUCUUCUUCAAACUGUUGGUCACAUGUACAGUAUAUAAACAUAAAACAUACAAGGAAGGUAUUAUGUAUGCAGUAGUAUACUAGAGUUUAGGAAAAUGAAAAUUUUAGAAAAUACGUUUUGUCACCCUGUUGGUCAGAAAGACACCUUUCUGGUUUUAACGCAUGCAGGCAUGUAAAUAUUUGUCUGGAGUCACAGUAUUAAUGAAUGAGAUCUUAAGCAUCUGGUGACAUCAGAACUCUGUGUCAGCCACUUUUAUUUGUAUAUUGAACCCUAGUUAGUGCCCCAAACUGCACUAUUGAGAAUGGACUGUGGCUGAACAGUAAAUCAAAACACCAGAAAUAUUUUUAUAUGUUAAUGUCAUAUUAUGUUAAUGUUGCUGAAAGACAAAACCUAACAAACCCUUGAUCCUUGAUGUAUCAGUCCAAUACCAUGUAGCGCUGAGUGAUAAAGUUAAAAUGUGUUGUGCUUCCCACCCUGGUCAGAGGGAAGGGUGCCUACGUGUUAUUUUCACUGUCUUUUUGAAAGUUACAGUAUGUGUUUUCACUUUUGUGCAGAUAACUGGAAGUCAAGCUACGAACAGUGCUUAUUACAUGCUGAAGUUACCUUCUCUUUGUUUUUACAUAUUUGGAGUUACACCUUUAAAGACUGAUACGUGAAUCAGUAUAGUUGCUGGACAUUUUAUGAUUUUGCUGUCAUCUUACAAUUUUAUGAUCAUAACAUUAUUUAUUACCAUAAAUAGCAAAAUCUUAAAUGACCAAGAAAACUAGCUUAAAAAUGUUUAAAGAUAGUUCUCAUUGGGUAUUAAUGAUUUGAAAAGAAAUUAACAUUAUAGAUACACUGGCACUAAGCUUCUAUAGUUUUUAAGUCUUCCUUGCAAUACUGGAACAUAUUUCUUUUGUGUAGCUCGCUAUUAACCAGCUAAGACCAUUUUUAAUGCAAUAAAAAGGUUAUAUAUACAGUUCCUAUUUUUAGCUUGCUUAAAAGGGAGCAAUAUUUUUAUUUAAAACACUGUUAGUAAAUGCUUUGUAGAAACUUGGUUUUCUAAGCAUAGUUCUUCCAUAACCUUCUUUUGUUAUUUGAGCACAAGAGUUUCUAUUCCUUGUUGUAUGUAUCUCUUGUUUUUCCCUGUAUGCAGUCUUUAAAGGAUUACAACACUUAAAACAGAGGAACUUGUGGCAAGCUUUUGAAUCAUACAUUUUUUGAAAGUUUUUUUAAAAGCCUACAACUUCCAUAAGUAGUAAAAUCAGCCAUUGCUCCGCUUCUUGCAUAGAGUCACCUGUUAAGUAGGUUAAAUAGUUUUAAAAUACAUACUUUCCAGACCUUUGAGAAUGUUUUAGUGUUUGGUUUGCUAUAAAAGGAAAUUUUAGCAAGGAUUAAAGAAAAAAGCUAUCGGCUAUAUGCUAUGAGAGAAUCUUACUAACAUGUUGUAAAUAUUGCAAGUCAUGAAAUGUUAUUUUAAGUCUGUAACUUAAGUUUUUUUCCCCUUUAUUAGUUAUACAGGUUGGUUUAAAAUUUGUUUUUUGGUUUAAACAAGUAAAAUUGUGCCCAUUUUAUGGUUUCCAUGCUUUUGUAAUCCUAAAAUUAUUAAUGUCUGGUUGUUCUAUAUUAUAACCACAUUUGCGCUCUAUGCAAGCCCUUGGAACAGAACAUACUCAUCUUCAUGUAGGACCUAUGAAAAUUGUCUAUUUUUAUCUAUAUAUUUAAAGUUUUCUAAAAAUGAUAAAAGGUUAUUACGAAUUUUGUUGUACAAAAUCUGUACAAAAAUCUGUUUUUACAUCAUAAUGCAAGAAUUGGAAAUUUUUCUAUGGUAGCCUAGUUCUUGAGCCUGGUUUCAAUGUGAGAACCACGUUUACUGUUAUUGUAUUUAAUUUUCUUUUUCUUUUCAACAAUCUCCUAAUAAAACUGUCUGAAAUCUCCCUGUGACUUUAUUUACAGUUCUUCUUUAUUAAAUUUUGUGAAAUGCAUAGCAUUGAAGGAAUAUUCACUUUCUAAUGGGAGGCAUCUCAAAACAACAUAAGUCAGCUCUUUACAAUAUGAAGGGAACAAUGCUCAAUGAUUUUAUUUAACAUGCAACUGCUUCUAUCUCUAAUAUGAAUCACUGUGGUGAAAAACAUCAUAAAAGCACACUCUGUAGUUAUUGUUUAACAAGCAGAUUUUCCAUAUUUUGUUUCUUGCCAGCUAAGCAAACUGCCCACAUAUACAUGAUUUAUUUAUGUACAUUUCUCAGUUUAUGAAGCUGUUAUUUGUACCUUUUUCCUUUAUAUUCUUAUAUUCCCAUGAUUCUUAUUUCACAAAGCUUUGUGCUGAAUAAUGUAAAGUAGACAUGUUGAUGGAACAAAAUAUAUUAUUCCCAUAUCUAUAAGAGUGUAGAUUUGUAACUCUAACUCAGUGUUUUGCUUUCAGUCUCUAUCAUUGGAAAAAAAUGCCUUUAGAAACUUUGCAAUUCCUAUAGCCUUUAACAAUAUAUAAACGUUUUUAUCAAUCCACAAUGCAGCACUCAAAGAAAUACUGGGUUACUAUCUCUGUGAAUACUCUAAACAUUCCCAAAAGAAUGGAAAAUGAAUUUUUUUCUGUCUAAAGAGAUUAUUUCAAUGAAUUAACAAAUUAUGAUUUAUCCCUAAUAAAACCUCAAAUGUUUAUAUGACCAUUACAAACACAUUUUUGUCUUCUGUCCUCAUAUGUUUUUGUCAGUUAAGACUUGUACUAGAACAUCAUACAGCCUCUGGAUGUUAGUGGCAUUUGGUGAUGAUUUAAGGUUUCUCCCCAUGUGUUU